UUCCAACACCAUUACGCAUUUACGCUUGCUAAGAAGAAGCAGAAUUUGUUGUGGGCGACAACGAGAUUUUUAUCCCGAAUUUAUCAGUUGGAAAUAAUUUUGUUUAGCAAACCAAAGUUAUUCAAAACAUCUGCAGACAUGGCGAAAAUGGCAUUUCAACACCAGGCCGGCACGGCGAUGGAGUGCUUGAGCAUUCCCAUCACGCUGCACAAGGAGAAGGAUUACGAUCAGGAGGGGCGUGAGAUUCUGAAGUGCGGAUUUAAGAUUGGCGGGGGAAUCGAUCAGGACUACAAAAAGAGUCCCCAAGGAUACACGGAUUAUGGAAUCUAUGUGACUGAAGUGCACGAGGGCAGCCCAGCUGCUCGAGCCGGUCUGCGGAUCCACGACAAGAUCCUGCAGUGCAACGGCUACGACUUCACCAUGGUCACCCAUAAAAAGGCCGUGAGCUACAUCCGCAAAAACCCCAUACUGAAUAUGCUGGUAGCUCGCAAGGGCGUCACCUCCACAUAAUUGUAUCUAGGAGCAGAGUCUCCAGCGACUCCCGCAUAAUUUAAGCGGCAUCUCAACUACUCUCUCCACUGCCUUUCUUGGCUAAGGAUCUCUUCCCCCCAUUGAACCUAUCCCAAUACUUAGAUACAUCGUAUUAAAUAUAUAUUCAUAACGUAUGCAUAUCGCGCACACAUAUAGCCAGCCGUAAAUGUAGCACCUAGCAAUGCUUCUUGUUGAAUUCGAUUUCUUUGCCUCCGAAUCGCCAAGCCCCAGAGCAGAAAACAGAUUGCCAAAUACCGAUAUAAACAAACAAAUCCACAAUCACCAGACUCGAAUAUAAACAAUUUUGUACUUUUAUAUGUGCAGACCAUUCCAAAAACAAUCCGAAGCAAACGAACGCAAAGUUGUUGAAACAAACAUACAUUCAUAGUAUAUACUUGUGAUAAAUGACUAACUGUGCAGAUAUGUGCGUCGAAAGCGCAAUACUUAAGUUUUAAAAUUGAGUUUUUAAUGUUUGAUUGCAUUUGAAUAAAUGUUUGCAAAUUA